AUGUCGAAAGGUAAUUAAGACAAUAGGUGUCGUAAAAAUUUCCAGAUAUUAAGCUUUAAUGUGAUAGUUAUAAUUCUAAUAUUCCGCGAAAAUCUCACUUUUUGGGGAGGAAGAAAAUCGUGAUAAUUUAUAAAACUCACAACCGUGUUUAAUCAGUAAUUUUUCUUAGGUUUGUGUAUCUCCAAAUUUCUUCCAUAUUUCCUCGUGGUGUUUUACUCUCGUCUCAGCUUUGAGAAUCUCAAUAUAGAUUACAAUAGCUGCUGUAUCGGCGGCUUCAAUGAGGAAAAGAGCGCGGCUUACAGAACCUAAGGAGCUGUUUAAUGCGGAUGAUUGCAUCAGUGCAUUGCCGGAUGAUCUUCUGGUUACGAUCUUAUCAUGUUUAACGCUCAAGGAAGCUGCUGUUACUAGUAUUCUGUCAAGGCGAUGGCGGCAUUUAUGGACUAAUGUAGCUGGAUUAGAUUUUGAUGCUAAUGACACAUUGGAUAAUAUUGCUGCUGACCCCAAAUUAAGGAGCUCCGAGAGGCCAAAAUACAUUAAUUGGGUGAACCGUGUAGUGAGACAGCAUAGAGGGCCAACACUGGAUGCUGUUAGGAUUUGUUUCGAUUUGGACAAGAGUUCGAGGAGUGCAAUUGACAAUUGGGUGAAAUUUGCCAUUGCAAAGAGGGUUCAGAGGCUUGAGUUGGACUUGUUGGAAAAUGGGGAGACUCUUCGUCAGCCCACGCGCAACUACACCUUUCCGUAUAAGCCAUUGAGUCAGUCUAAAGGGUCUUCGUUGAAGAAUGUCUAUUCAAAUCUUGCUCUAACGCAGCCCAGCAUGUCGACUGGCUUGAAAUGCCUUAAAGCUCUCUCGCUGAAAUGUGUGAAUGUGAGUGAAGAAGCUCUGGAUUGUUUCUUGUCCACGUGUCUGGUGCUGCAAUAUUUAUCCAUACAUGGCUCUGGGGGUUUAAAGAAUGUGAAGGUUACUGGCUUUGAACUUCCGCUGAAGUACCUAGAGAUAGUCUUUUGUCUGGGAAUAGACACGAUUGAGAUCUCCAACGUAAACCUUGUGUCAUUUAGUUAUUUGGGUCCUGGCAUCGAUUUAAUUAUUAGCAAUGUUCCCAUGCUUGAUGAGAUUUCUAUUGGGGAAGGAUAUUCUGGACUGGAGAACAAUGUCUUUAGACAACUUUCUUGCUGUCUCUAUCAGCUUGAGGUUCUUACAUUGGAUAUAUAUCGUCCUGAGGAAAACAUAAAGAUUUUCGCUUUUCCUGUUUUGCCCAACCUCAAGCAGCUAAUUCUAAAAGUUGGAGCAUGGGAUGAUGAUAGUCUUCUUGAGUUCACUUCCUUGAUAAAGGCAUGCCCUAAUUUGAAUAGAUUUGUACUGCAGUUGAUAUGGAUGUCACCCUCCAAGAGAAGAAGAAAAAUGAGGCGAGCACCCGAAUGUGCCCACGAGCACCUGACAUUGGUAGAGAUUGUGGGGUACUAUGGCCGUACGAGUGAUGCUGAACUUGCCAUGUACUUCCUCGAAAAUGCUGUUGCUCUACAGAAAAUCGUGAUUGAUCCUCACAACCAAAUUCUGGAGAGAUCGCCUCUGGGGAUUGCUCAGAUCAAGAAUGAAGAAUCUGCUCGAAGACGUGCGAGGAAGCAGCUCGAGCCAAAAAAACCUCCUGCAGUCCAAUUAGUAAUCCUAUGAUAUCAAAGAGCGUUGAUGCAACUUGUCUGCUGUUCGAAUUGUACAUAAGGAAGAGAAGUAAGUUACAGAAAGGGAGCGGCUUAAUUAGCAUUGAAUAGAAAGAGAUUUUCCUCCUUAAAACUUUGAAGGUUAGCUCAUCACGCCUCAUACUCAUAUAUAUAGUACAUGUUUACACACAUCUUUUGCUCUUU